CACCAGAUCCUAAUCUGAUUCUCCCGUGUUUCCUCCGACCCUUCAGAUGCAAGAUCCAUUACAGCGAUAACAAUGGCGGUUGUUGUUCGGUCCUCUAAGCUCAGUCUCCCCAACGCAUCUCUCUCCCCUUCGUCUCCUCGAGUUUCUUCUCUUCUUUUCGAACCCAUCUCCUCUUCCCUUGCCCUAUCUCUGUCAGACUCCUCCAUCUCUCUCUACCCUUCUCUCUUUCCUUUCUCUUCUUCUUCUCUCUCCUACCCUCAAACCCUAAUCCCCGCUCCUUGCUCCUCCACCUCGUUUCUCCUCCUCCGGUCUCGAGAUUCUAAUCCCGGCGAAGGUUCCGGCAAUAGGUCGUCGGCACGUGUCCUCUUUGUCGUUGCUGGGCCGUACCGUGGCGGGUCUCGCGUUCUUCUCCGGUUCUACGCAUUGCGGGAGGAGGAUAAGGGUUUUGUGAGAGCCCAGGUGGUCUGCGAUCAAAAGGGUAUGGAGUUUGAUCGGAAAGUUGGGGUUUUGUUGAAUUUGAGCCACGGGGUCUCGGUUAAAGUUACUGGUUCGGUUAAUUACUUCGCAAUGCAUUCGGUUUCGAACUCAAAGAUUCUGAUUUUCGGUGUCAAGUUGAUGAGUGACGGUAAUGGCGAUGAAGCAGUAGUGGUGAAGCUGAUGAGGUGUGGUGUGGUUGAAUGCUCUAGGCCGGUUUGGUCGAUCGGAAUUUUCUCUGGAAUGUUGCUUCUGGGGGAAGAUAAUGGCGUUAGGGUUUUGAAUUUGAGGGAGAUAGUGAAAGGAAGUGUGAAGAAAGUGAAGAAUAGCGGAAGAUUGGAAGACAAGAGGUUGCGUGGUCAUAACGUCGAUCGAAGGUCGGUUUCGGGAAACGGAUAUUUGGAUGGAAAGAAAGAGAGGCAUGCUGUUCAUGCGAGCCAGAGGUUAAGUAAACACAGACAAGAAUCUUCUGAAGCCAGCAUGUGCUUUGUGUCUUUUCAGAAAAAGGUUGCUGACAUGGAUGUGAAUCUGGAAUCGAAAUCAUGCCCAGUCAUGUCUGUUAAAGCUAUAUCCAUCCAAGCAUUGUCCUCUAAAAGGUUUUUGAUCUUGGACUCUGCGGGAUAUAUACAUGUAUUGCAUGUGUCUGGUCAUCCUCUGGGGUCAAACUUUGCUUGUAAUAUGCAGCAGUUACCUCACUUUAUGGAAGUCCAGAUGUUGGCUGUUCUUCCUGAGAUCACUGCUGAAACAAAAAAUAUCUGGGUUUCAGACGCAGACUAUUCUAUGCACGUUUUAACUAUUCGUGAUGAGGACACUGCCAUUGAAGAGAGAGAUGGAGAUAAAAAAGAGAAAACGCCUCUACAAGUCUCAGUCACGCAUGCGAUUUUUACUCCUGAAAAGAUUCAAGAUAUCGUUCCUCUUGAUGGAAACGGCAUUCUGAUACUCGGGCUAGGGAGUUUAUACGCAUAUGCGUUUUCCUGAAGCAGCAGACAAAUGUUUUGCAUUUCCCAUGAUAUCGUAACAUGUUUGGAAGUGAGUUCCCCUGGAAUCAUGUCUGGUUGAGAGCCAAAUGGUUGGAUUGUCAUCCCGGGGGUACUAUUGGUUUUAAGCGUUUGUUCUCUACCUGAUGAAAUUCAUGAGCUGCUACCGUCUCCUACCCAAUCUGGCUCAAAGUUAAAGUUCUUCGAAUUUGGUGAAGAAUCUGGCCCUGGAGACAUCAUAGCCUAUUACCAUCUGACCUGAGUAUCGGUGUGUUGUGGAUCGAAACCAAUCCCUUGAACCAGCAUGACUUCUGCGUUUUGCUUUCGAGUAGGAACCUGGCCUGUUUCAAAACUGAAAGUUCUUUGGACGUUAAGACCAAUUAUGUUGGAUGUUAGGGUUUGAGUCUCCAGAAGGACGACUUAUGUAACGACCUUUGUGUGUUGGAUGCAUACGUGGUUUUGGAUUUGAGUA